UUGAGUUCUGUUGAAAUAAAUAAAGUGAUUGAUGUGUGGAGAGAAAACGUAGUUGCUUUGAGAGGAACAUGUAAAAAUUCGCACAUUUAUGCCAAAAUGUGCAAAGAACUGGAAUGUUACGGAAUUCAUCUAACCCCGAACGAAUUGCGGACUCGUAUCAACAAUUUAUCUAGAAAAUAUAGAUCGGAAAAAAAUAAAAUGGGUAAAUCAGGUGGUUCACGAUCUGUAUGGGCAUACUUUGAGACGCUUAAUGAUUUUUUACAAGCAUACAAACAAAACAAUACAGUUGAUUUGAUGGAUGAGAGCUUAGUUACAGGUGAAAAUUUUCAAUGAAAUUCGAUUUUAUAAAUAUUAAAUUUAUUUUACUUCGUUGUUUCAGUUUUUAAUACAUCAUCUGAAAAAUCUCUAUGUUUAGAGAAUUCGAAGGGAAUGAACUUGGAGGAUUUUGAGUUAGACGAAGACUCAGAAUACUGUGUGCUAUAUACACAAGUUUCAGAGCCAAUAUCUCCUCAUCGGAAAAGUUUCCGAUUAAUGAUUGAUCAGCAGGUGAUUGAGUUGAUGAAAGAAAAUAAUCAACUGAUUGAGAAAAUGAUAAACAAAAUGUGA